GCACGCAUAUUUAUAGUCACACAAUCAGAUGCAGAAGAGCCUUCAAACCAAGACAACGAUAUCAGUCUUCCAUUCAUCAACAACCACUCUCUCUCCCCUCUCUGCAGCAAAACCAAUUCUCCGGCGACAUCUCCGGUCAGGUUCCGGCAGCCUCUCCGGCGACUCGGCAUGGCAACUCAAUGAAUGCGGAAUCACCGCCGGGGCUCCUCAUGUCGGUUUCCUGCCUCUCCGACUACGACCUCCUCUGCGGCGAGGACUCCUCCGGAAUCCUCUCCGGAGAGUCGCCGGAGUGCUCCUUCUCCGACAUCGACUCCUCACCUCCUCCGCCGUCGCCGACGACAGAGGAUUGUUAUUCGAUCGCGAGCUUCAUCGAGCACGAGCGCAACUUCGUUCCGGGAUUCGAGUACCUGUCGCGGUUCCAAUCUCGCUCCCUGGACGCCAACGCCAGAGAAGAAUCAGUUGGAUGGAUUCUCAAGGUACACGCGUACUAUGGCUUUCAGCCUUUGACGGCGUACCUCGCCGUCAACUAUAUGGAUCGGUUUUUGGAUUCUCGCCGGUUGCCGGAAACAAAUGGGUGGCCUCUGCAACUUGUAUCUGUUGCAUGCUUGUCUUUGGCAGCAAAGAUGGAAGAACCUCUUGUUCCAUCUCUCUUGGACCUUCAGAUAGAAGGUGCCAAGUACAUAUUUGAGCCGAGAACAAUUCGUAGGAUGGAGCUACUUGUUCUCGGUGUCUUAGAUUGGAGGCUAAGAUCAGUAACACCACUUUGCUUCCUCGCUUUCUUUGCGUGCAAAGUAGAUUCAACUGGAACUUUUAUCCGGUUCCUUAUUUCCAGGGCAACAGAAAUCAUCGUAUCUAAUAUCCAAGAGGCUAGCUUUCUUGCUUACUGGCCUUCAUGCAUUGCUGCUGCAGCCAUACUCACUGCAGCUAAUGAAAUUCCUAAUUGGUCUGUGGUUAAGCCCGAAAAUGCUGAGUCAUGGUGCGAGGGACUAAGAAAAGAAAAAGUAAUAGGGUGCUACCAGUUGAUGCAAGAGCUUGUGAUUAACAAUAACCAACGGAAACUCCCUACUAAAGUGUUGCCGCAGCUGCGAGUAACAACUCGGACCCGAAUGAGGUCAAGUACUGUAUCAUCAUUCUCAUCAUCCUCUUCAACCUCCUUCUCCUUGUCUUGUAAGAGGAGGAAAUUAAAUAACCGUUUGUGGGUAGAUGACAAAGGAAACUCCGAGUGAAGAGAAAACGAACAACAAUAAUAAAAGAAGGGAAGAAAAAGAGAGGGAAUAAGGUGGGCCAAGUUGUCUAGAAACCUCAACAUUUUUUAGAGGGUUUUUGCAAUUAAAAAAUGACUUGAGUGAGGGUGUAGAUUAUAAUAGUAUAUAUAUGAUAUAUCUCUAUCGUAUAUACUAAGAGAGUUUGAUGGGUUUGGAGUAAUUUUUAUUUUUAUGUUGGUGACUUAUUAAUAUUGAGUUUGCAGAAUUCACAUAGGGAAGAGGGAUUUUGCGACAUGUUACCGUGGGAGAGGAAAUGAGAGAAGAAAGAAGUGAAACACUGAAACAGGGGUAGAAGAAUUUAAUGUGAUUUGUUCUUGUAACCUGUGAGUGUGGAAGAAAGAAGUGAGUUGCGGGCUGGAAUUCAAAGUUUGCAUUAAUUAUUGGUGAAGGAGAUGAAAGAUGGUGGGGGCAACGCUGUAGAGAUUGAGAAGAAGAAAAAGUAGAGAGAAGGUAUGAGAAACUCUGGUGAUUAUUGAAAGUUGAAACUUAGAAGUUUGAAGUGUUCAAUGUUCAUAUCAUGGUAUUCAUAAGUCAAGCAAAGCUUCAUUUCUUGGCCAGCAUCACUGCUUCUUCAUCAUCCACGUUACUACUACUUUGAUGGGACCCUCAACAGUAAAGAACAAUUGAAGGGCAAUAAGUUGAAGUUUGGCUACAAAUCGUGGACUUUUUUUGUUGGGUAUUGGCACGUGUGCAGUCGGUUCUGGUGCGUGCCAAUGAAGUGUGUACGUGUGAUUUUUCUUUUUCUUGGUUUUUCUUUGCGGGAGCUGUUUAUAUAUUUUUUCCUAUUUUUGGCCAUGAGUUUUGGCCUAACUAUACAGGACUCCAAUGGCUGGUGUCCGCGCGUGUGAUGGAAACACGUGUAUAUAUAGGUUUUAAUUUAAAAACCUUGAAUUUUUUUAUUUGUUUUCAAGAGAGGAGAACCCUCUUUCACAUAGGGGUAAAAGGUCUUUGGGGCCUUUUUCCUGUGUGCUGUGUAUUGGAUUGAUUAAUAUAUAAUGACAACUAUUAAUUUCUUAGAUUUCUUUCA